CCCGGAGGAGAGGAGGGAAGGAAAGAGGGAGGCGGACGCUGGCCCCUGCGGCCGCGGGGACCGACCAGGCGCUGCGCUCAACUUCCACUUCUCCUUUCGCCGGCGCCGAGAUCCCGGCGCCACUUGCCCGGCCCGGCUUCUCCAGGGAGAGGAAGGGCUGGCGGGGCUGGGGACCCGUGAUCUCGGCCCCCCGGAGCGGGGAGGGGAGCACGGCGACCUAUCCCGGCUCGGCGACCGAGCCCACUUCAGCUCAGGAAUUGAGUGUCUUCUCCAUACCAAGCACAGUGCAAGGCUGCUAAAGUUUCAUCAAUGGCCAACACAGUCGUCCCUGCCCUCAAGGAAGCCACUGUCUAAUGGGGGAGGUCACUCUUGCGGUUGGCCCAGCCCAGCAUGCAGCCUUGAACUUCGCUUAGGCCACCACAUACUCCAGCUCUCUACACACCCAUUCUCCUGUGGCUUGAGUGUAGGCUCUAAGCUCCAAGUUACCUGAGCAGCAUCUCUUCAUCAAGAAAAACCCGCGGCUCCAGAGGGCCCUGAGAAUUCUGCUGUCAGCUCUGAGGAGACAGCAUGGCUAUAACCCUGCAGCCCAGUGACCUGAUCUUCGAGUUUGCAAGCAACGGAAUGGAUGAUAUACACCAGCUGGAAGACCCCUCAGUAUUCCCCGCUGUGAUCGUGGAGCAGGUACCCUACCCCGAGUUACUGCAUCUGUAUUCAGGACUGGAGCUAGAAGAUGGUCACAACGGCAUCAUAACGGACAGGACAUUGUGCAUGACACAGGAUCAGAUCCUGGAGGGCAGUUUCAUGCUGGCAGAUGAAAAUGAAGCAACCUCACAAACCAUGUCAACCACUGAAGUCUUGCUCAAUGUUGAGUCUCCUAACAACAUCCUGGAUGAGAAGCAGAUCUUCAGCACCUCCGAACUGCUUCCGGACUCAGACCCCGCUCCAGCCACCACUCUGCCCAACUACCUGUUUCCUGUCUCUGAGCCCAAUGCCCUGAACAGUGCUGGUGACACUGGUGACCAGGAGGGGAAUUCUCUGGAGGAGCAGGUCUCCAAAGAGGAAAGUUCCAAGAAGACUGGAAAACCAAAGAAGAGAAUCCGGAAGACAAAGGGCAACCGCAGUACCUCACCUGUCACUGACCCCAGCAUCCCCAUUCGGAAGAAAUCUAAGGAUGGCAAAGGCAACACCAUCUAUUUGUGGGAGUUCCUCCUGGCACUUCUGCAAGACAGGAACACCUGCCCCAAGUACAUCAAGUGGACCCAGCGAGAGAAGGGCAUCUUCAAGCUGGUGGACUCCAAAGCUGUGUCAAAGCUCUGGGGGAAGCAGAAGAACAAGCCUGACAUGAACUAUGAGACAAUGGGGAGGGCUCUAAGAUACUACUACCAAAGGGGCAUCCUUGCCAAAGUGGAAGGGCAGAGGCUGGUGUACCAGUUUAAAGAGAUGCCCAAGGAUUUAGUGGUGAUUGAAGAUGAGGAGGAGAAAAGCGAAGUGGCAGAGGCAUCCCCAAAGGCCUCCACCUCCACCAGCACUACCCGGCGAGCCAGCUCCAGGGUCUCAUCCAGAGCCGCUCCCCAGGGCAAGAGCAGCCCUCCCUGGGAGAAGCCAAAGGUUCAGCAUGUCGGUCUGCAGUCAUCUGCAAGUCUGGAAUUGGGCCUGUCUCCAGAUGAGGAGAUUCCCACUACCUCCACCGUGCUGGUCUCUCCACCAGAGGGCCAGGCCAAACUCACCAAAGCUGUGAGUGCUUCUUCAGUGCCUGGCAACAUCCACCUAGGAGUGGCCCCUGUGGGGUCAGCCUCGGCCUUGACCCUGCAGACAAUCCCCCUGACUACAGUGCUCACCAAUGGCCCUCCUGUCAGUACUACUACUUCAACCCAGCUCGUUCUCCAGAGUGUUCCACCUGCUUCGACCUUCAAGGACACCUUCACUUUGCAGGCCUCCUUCCCCCUGAAUGCCAGCUUCCAAGAGAACCAGGUGGCAGCACCGGGGACUCCACUGAUUCUCAGUGGCCUCCCCCAACUUCUGGCUGGGGCCAACCGUUCGACCAAUCCCACAGCAGCCUCUGUCGCAGGGGCUGGAGUAGCAGGGCCCAGCUCUCAGCCCCCGGGGACUGUCAUUGCUGCCUUCAUCAGGACUUCCAGUGCCACAGCAGCCCCUGGGGCCAAGGAUGGGUCACUGAGACCCAACUCAUAUGUGCAGGGCAUGGUGACUGGGGCCCCCAUGGAGGGGCUGCUGGUUCCUGAAGAGACCCUGAGGGAGCUUCUGAGGGAUCAGGCUCACCUUCAGCCACUUCCAACCCACGUGGUUUCAAGGGGCUCCCACAAUCUGAGCCUUCUGGGAAACCAGACUUUCUCUCCUCCCAGCCGCCCCACUGUUGGGCUGACCCCGGUGGCUGAACUUGAGCUCUCCUCAAGCUCAGGGUCCCUGUUUAUGGCUGAACCUAGUGUGACCACAUCUGGGACCCUACUGACUAGAUCCCCAACCCCAGCCCCCUUCCCAUUCAAUCCCACUUCGCUCAUUAAAAUGGAGCCCCACAACAUAUAAACAGAGGGGUUGGGGAAGUGACCCACCAGGCAAAGCUGAGCAGCAUUUUCAUAUGGACUGCCUCUAGCAGACUGACAAGUAGCUCGCCUGCCCUUACAUUUUGGUGGAAUGUCAAUAUACCAGACUCCCCCAUCCCUCACCUCUGCCUGAGGUCACAUGGCCAAGCCAUGCCCAGUUUGAGCAUUCCUGGCAUCAGACCAUGGCCCUCAAGAGCACUAGGGGAUAUGCUCUUGCCAGGGAAAUGGGCUGGUGCAGUGAUGAAGGGAUAAACCUCCUGAGAAGUUGGUGGCCAGGGUGGGUGCAGGGGCUUCAUGGGAAGAUCCAUGUUUGCCUGGCUGUAAUUCACCGUCCAUGUUCCCUCAGCGGGGAAGUGACUACCCCAUAUGUGAAUAUCUCGGUAUGUAUUCGUGUGUACUCAUGAGACUGUUUCUUCGUUUCUUUGGAGAAGACAACGGUGCAGCCGUGAGGUCUUUAGGAACAUGUGUCUCCACGCACACAUCAGCCGCAGAGAUGAGGAUUUGUUUUAAGGAAAAACAUUCCCUAGUCCCCUUUGUACAAAGCAAGACUCAUUUGUUCUGAGACUAUGGGGGUGCAGGUUGGAUCCCCCAAAUCUGGAGAGAUGUCACAGAGCUGGAGCAGGUCAGGGUAGAAGAGCUCCCAUUCGUGUAUGCGUUGGAGCAAAUGCAGUUCUAAGGGACAGGAGAAGGCCACGUGGGAUAAAAGCAUAAAGAGAGGAAACUCAGCCCUGGGGAGCAGCCCCCCAGUCUAGACUGAGGGCUUCUCCCUGGACUUGGCCUCAUGGCCCACCAGUCACUUGCCAGCAUGCUUGGAACCUUGACCGCUGUGUUGAAGGGUUAGAUAGGGGCAGAGCACCCCUCCAGAGUUAGACCCAGCCGAGUACCCAGGCAGAGCUGAAUUAAUUAAAUGUUUGCACCGAGGGCUGGGGCUGUAAAACCAGGCUUUGCGCCUGGCCUACACCCCAAAUUCUGGGUUCCCUCUUGAUUAAUGUCGCUCCCGAUAUUUUCCUGCUGUCAGGCAUGGUGGGGAUAGUUGUGUUAGCAAUGUCGAAUGGAUCUGCCUCCAUCACUGCUCAUAUGUGCCUGCCAUGCAGCCAGUCUUCUACUCACCUCGUAAGUUUGCCAACCCACCCGCCCCCACUGUGGCUACAGCAGACGUUCAUGUGGACUGUCGCCCCUCUUCUCCAACUUUCACUCCUGAUCCUGAUUCCUUCUUCCUCAAGGAGACAGGAGCCAGCAGAUGUGAGCCCCCAUGGCACUUCUGUCUCUACAUGCUUCUUGCUUCCCUCUUUCCUCUUUCUAAGGGGCAACUGAUUCUCUCUUAAAGCCAACUCCUCCGCCUAGGGCCUGGAUCUCCUCCCCCUCCCUUCUUGGAAUUAGCCUGCCUCUCUCCUGCCAAGUGUGGGGGGCAAAGCUAAGAUACGUCAGCCUUGGAAACAAUUGUUAUCUGGUGAAUUUGGUUAAUGUGAAUCAGUGCCUCAGGACCUUUGCUAUGUCCUUGGUGCAAAACCAUCCACUUGAUCUAACUACCUCCCCAGGUUGCUCUUCUCGCUUUCCUUCCGGUCACUGCCAAGCCCACUAUCGCCCUCUUUCUUCUUGUUUUCCCCCGUGGGGUGGGGAAAGUAUAUACGGUUGUGCAGGUGUAUUUAUUACACGUCUCCAGCACUUGGCAUUAAAGUGCCUUUUAAAAAAAAUAAAUCAGUUUAUUAUGACAAUUUCCUGAUGGUGGAAAGUAAAGCAUUUUGAGAAAGUUUCCUUUUUUUCUUUCUAUUUUUUUGCAUAAAGACGCUGCAUGGGUUGGGGUGGCCCUGUCUCACUCACCAACUCCAUAGAACUCAUCAUCUGAAGGUCACUGAUAUCUUCAUGGUGACAUCAAAUGCGUUCACAUUUCUUGGCCCCUGUGAACCCUCACAACAUGUCACACUACUUCCCAUCACCUCCCGCACUAGCCGGGCUCAACUGUGCCCUCUGUCGCCCAUUCUCUGUGCAGUGCUGGCUCCAGAUCUACCACUUUCAGUGUGGGUGUCCCCAAGGGUCUCAUCCAUCCUCUUGGCUCUGGAUCAGCAUUUUGGGGAUGAGUCCAACAUCUAGAGCCACAGCCCCCACGUUUCUCCCCAGCUCCAGACUCGCAUGCCCAGGGGUCUGUUGGACAUUUCCACCUAGAUGCCUGCCAGGUCCUCAAAGGCAGCCCCGCUCCCAAAAGUCAAUUUGAACGUUCCCACAUAUGCACACAAAACCUUUCCAAGAAAAAAAAAAAAGCUGUCAUGACUUGCCUAUUUCUGUUCAUGGUGCCACCAUUUUUCUGACUUUCUAAAUUAGACAUUUCAGAGCCAUCUGAAGGCUGCCUUCACUUGACCCUGUCCCUUCCCCCAUCUCCUGAAGUCCAGUGCCAUUUACCAUGUCUCGGACCUUUCUUCCACAUUCCCAGAGCCUCAGACUACCCAGAGCUUAAUCCCCUCCCUCCCUAGACACAUCCAGAGCCCCACUGUGACCUGCCUUGUCCCCUCCAAUCUGCCAGGGCACCAGUUCUGAUCUGCUAGAAAGCUUUCAGGGGCUCCUCACUGCCUACAGGGUGAGACUCAGGAUAACCUCUUAUCCAUUCUAGGCAGCUGGGCAUUAACCCUUUUAUUUGCUGACUCAUGAGGCAGUCUGGGGGUCCUGGAGGGGGGUGAGGGGGGCACAUUAAGACUCAGGGCAGUAGCUCCAAAAGUAUUUUGAGCAUAGCAUCAGCCCUGUCUUCAGACAAGGUCCCAAGUCCUUGACCUUUCAUCAAGGUCCUUCACCAUCGGGUCCCAUCUGACUUCCCCAGUCAUUUUUCACAUUGCUUCCCCCCACCCCCAGUGUAUUGCUCCUGCCAAACCAAUACACUCGCUGGCCUUUGAACAAGUUUAAGUUUCCCACUUCUGUGUUCAAGUUUCCCACUUCUGUGUUCUUGCUUUACCUGGUUCUACUUAACCAGAAUGCUCCUCCCAUCCCGCUAGUACCAACCGAAUACUAUCCAUCCUUGGAAACUCAGUUCCUGGAAGCUGCCUUCCACAGUUCUUGUUUUGAAACUUGUAGCAAUUGCCACUCUUUUGGCAACUGAUCACAAACAGCCUGUGACAUCUCCUUUGUUAUAAUCACAAACUGUUACUUAAAUCUUCAACGACCUGGACUUAUUUAGUCACCCCAUUUAGUGUGUUACUUUCUGAGGGGCGGACGGCUGUAGCGCCCACAGAGCAGGGCACACUACAUAAGAAGCAUUUAGUGAGCAUCAGCGAACGGUUACUGAUUGAGCUGGUGAGUGAUGGGGACCAAACUUUGAGGUAGGUGAUGCUGACCUCCCUUUUGCACAGGCACUCACCCCAGGUGCUCCACUGCCCAGGGCCCGCACUCCCUGGUUCAGUGCCCUCAUGGCCUCCCCACCCCCAGCCUCCACACCCAAGACUUGUUACUACUUUGAAUGUCCUCUACCCCUAAAGAAACUUCCCUGUCAGUUUCUUUCCUAACUCAAAGUGUUAAAUUAGCUAAUAUGAUAAACUAACCUGUGCUGAUAUAGUUAUGGGAGAAGGCUAGAGGAGAACCAGAAGACAGGUUUCUUUUAACCAGCGUCGUGUGGCAACAACAUCCCUGCCUUUGUGAUGGUUUAAUGGAGUCAAGAGACUCGCUCCUCGCCCCCAGCAACUGAUGUAUUACUCCCCCCUUUGGGCUCCCACAGCACUUUGUAUAUACCUCUUACUGUAGCACUUAGCACAUGUAGGUCCUUAGUUAUAUGUUUGUUUCCCCUCCAAUAGACUGUGAGCUCCUCAAGGACAGGGACUGUGUGUUAGUCACUGAUGUAUCCCCAGCGCCUAGCACAGUGCCUGGCACACAGUAGGUGCUCAAUAAAUGUUUAUUGAAAGAA